AUGUCCGACGACGCCUACAUGUCCUUCCUGGACAAAGCCAACGCAGACCUGAACAGCGCGCGCGCCGAAAAGGCCCGUCGUGCGUCGGUCGCCCGCACCGAAACCGUGCACAUGAACGUGCGUGUGCCCACGCCCCUCACCUCCGUGGACGUGUACUACGUCUCCGAGACGGACGAACCGUUCGAGCCGGUCACGCUGCGGUGGGAAGGGGCGACGAAGGGGGUAUGGCCGGACGCUGAUCAUUUCUCGAACCUGAUCUCGCCCAACGCCGACCUCUCCAGCGCCAUCGAGACUAUCUCGCCAUCUUCGUUUGACCCGAAGAACCAGUACGCGGCGGCGCUGCGGGCUGUGCGCGCUGCGGCGUCGCAGGCGUCUGGCGGGGAGGAGGCGGGCGUCGAGGUGAAGGUGUACCGCGUGCAGGUGGGAAGCAGUCGGGUGGAAUAUUAUGUUUUGGCGUUGGAUGUGGAUGAGGGGUUGGUGGUUGGGUUGCGGGCGAAGGCGAUUGAGAGUUAG